GUAAAUCUCAAAAAACCAUUCAGAAUCAUCAGGAAUCAAAAUCAACAUCAGAAGACAUCCAAUCAACCAAUGACAACCAGACUGAUAGUCUUACCAACUUGUCCAAUCUGUCAAGAUGAAAACAUAAAUGAUUCAUAUCUCUUCACACUCUGUGGUCAUUCAUUUCAUUCAAGUUGUAUAAGAAAAUGGGAUCAAACUCAACGUCAUCAAAAACGAAUCACUAAAUGUCCUUGUUAAUCUCAACUACAACUACAAAUUCAAAUCACGCUUCAUUAGGUUCUAGAUUUGUUUUAAUUCAUUCUUUAUCUGAAAAAAUCAUACAUGAUGAUGAUCAUCAAAAUAAAAGUUCUUCACCUAUUCUAUCAAACCAACCUUUAACUCAAUCGGCUCAAGAUGACCGUCAAAAACUUUUACAAGAAAUUCAUCAAUCUAAACAUAAACUAGUCAAACAAGAAACCGAAAUCGCUUCAUUAAACCAAUCAAACCAAUCGAUCAAAACUCAAAACCAUGAACUUUUAAAUCAAAUCAAAUCAUUAAAAGUCGAUUUAAGUUUAAUUAAGAAUCGAGAAAAACUUGGAAUAAAUCAACUUUCAAAAGAAUUGGCUUUAGAGAAAUCUUCAAGGAAAGAAGCUCUUAGGGUUUUGAGAAAUGAAUUCAUGGAACUUCAAGAUGCUUAUAAUCAAAAGAAAUCUAGUUUGAUUAGAUUAAGUUCUGAACGUGAUGAGAUUCAAAGUAAAUAUAAUAAACAAACUAGAGAAUUAGAAGAUACCAUAGAUAAUAUGAUAAGUUUUUCAGAAGAAAACAAAAAACUUAAAUCUGAUCUUACAAAACUUUCCAACGAAUCAGAAACCAUUAGAUCAACUUGUCGUAGUCUAAAACAAAGAAGUGCAACCUUUGAAAGUAAAUAUGAAAAGUAUAAGACAGAAGUAAUAAGUCUUAGGAACCAAAUCCGUCCGAUCUCAUCCCCAUCCAAACCCAAGCUUUUUGAUGAAGCAAGUACAAGUACUUCUACUUUAUCACAUCUUCCAGCCAUCUCAACCCCAGUUACUCGAUCCUCAUCAAGCCAUUCACACUCAAACCACCGAAACCCAUCUAACCAAAUCUCACCAAGUUCUCUAGCCCAAGACCUCACCACAUCUUCCGUCCAAGACCCUAACCGAUCUCUCAGAAAGAAACCCAGCAUGACCCCAUCCCGACUACACAACCCGAUCACCCCUCCAACCAAUCGAGCUAACCAACCCACCGAAUCCCAAACCUCAAUCCCAUCAACUUCACAAAAACCCAACCGUUUAUCAAACUCUUCAUCUGUUUCUUUAAACCAUUCUUCGCUACAAAAACGUUCGAUUUCUCAAAUCGAUAGAUCUUCCUCAAUAGAAAUCCUAAACCCAUCAAAAAAACCUAACCUUUUCUUAGAUGCUCAAGAAGAUUUACAUUUACCUAGUUUGUUUGGUACCACUAAUACUACCUCUCAUUCGAAACGAAAACUUUUGGCUGUGGGCUCUAGUAAUGGUGGUGGUGUUGGUAAGGAUAAGAUUCAGGGUAGGAAAUCGUCCGAUGGAUCCGUCAUCAGUAUGGGUUUGGGAACUAGGAAUGGAGUCUUGUGUCUUGGACCUAAAGUUAAGAAUAGGUAAUAUGAGAUGUUUGAUUGGUUUAGUGAAGUGUAGGAUUAGGGUUAGUAAACAGUUUGGUGGAAUGAAAAAGUUUGGGUUACUUUCUCUUGGAGUUUGUUGAACAAAUCUGUUCAUUCAUUAAGUUGUGGUUUUAUUUAUCUGUUUUUUUCUUUUGACUUUUCUUUUGUAAAUAAAUAAAUUCGGGUGGACUUUUUUUUUUCUGUGUGUUUGGUUUUGUGGUUUUGUAAAAUUAUAUAGGUUUUGGAUGGAUGGAGAUCUUUUUUUUUGGUGUUUGGUUUGGUUUGGAAAGUAUAGAAUUUAUCUAGAUAUAAAUAAAUGGAUAAAUAGGCAAAAAAAGCAUU